UCCAUAGACCAACUUCGAAAACACAAGGCUCUGAAUUUUCCAUCAACUCUUUAUAUUAUUUUUUAUUUCACCUAACAAGCUUGUUCUGUUCAGUUCACAUUUUCUUAACUUGGAUCUUUUCGGUUUGAAGAGGCGAAAAAUUCAUCGAAUCGUUUGAAAGAACUUCUACUAAAUUCGGGCAUUUCCACACAAAAUGACUUUUACCUACAAGGAACUUAUAGACGUGGCCAUUGGCUCCCCGGAAUCGGGACAUGUUAACUUUUACGCCCUGCAUGUUUUGCUCACGUGCUUCGCCCAGCGAUUGGAGGUCCUGGAUGAGGUCGUCGAACAGGAGGACUAUAUGGUGGCCAAUGUGCGAUUGCAAAGCAGUUUGUUGACAUUGAAUAACACCUCAAAGUUCCGUCUUUUUGCUGGCGCGGAUGCCGAAGAAGGAGAAGCCGCUGAGCCGGCGGCUGAGGCUCCAGCUGAGGAGGAAGCAGCUCCACCUCCGCCUGCCGAGGAAGCUGCUUCUGCUGCACCAGCGACUCCUGCCCCAGAGGAAGCAGCUCCCGAGGAGUCUGCCCCAGCAGAAACAGCACCGCCUGAGGCCGCUCCUCCGGAAACCGGUGCAGCUACGCCGGAAGCAGCUGCCUCCACCCACGAACCCACUCCGGCUCCAACUCCGGCUGCCGAGGAACCUCCACCCCGGGAACACGAGUCAGAGUCAGCCAAGAUCCAAAUGGCGCACUCACCCGAGGCUCCGCUGGCCUCUAGGGUCUCCUCGCGAUCCUCGACUCGCGAAAAGUCCCGAACCGAGGGUUCUUUCACCAACAAUCUAACGCGUAUCGAGAGACGCCUGUCGAAGAUCGAGCUGCAAAAGGAACAGGCCUCCAUGGAGAUGCACCAGUUUGUGAGCAAUCUCACUGGGCAACUGAAGAUCACCAUGGAGCAGGUGAACAAUGUGACCCACAUGCUGAUCGAUCGCAAGCCGAAUCCGCACAGGAUCAAGAUCCUUCGUCACAUAGCCAAGCAGCUGAGGGUUUUGAUGGGCACGACUGGCGAUGAGGUUUCGGUUAGUUGGUCCUCUGGUGAAAUUGUGGGUGGCGAGGAGGAGGAGUGCCUCUCGGAGGAGGAGGUCCAGGAGGAGUCCAGUGCUCCGACGGAGGUGGAGAAACCCGAGGAGGAGGAGGAACUCGGCUUGGAGCAGCCCCUUUGCUAUUCCCCAGAGAAAAUGCUAAAUGAGCUACUCGAUCUCAAGUCGCAGUUUUGUGCGCUGACCAAUAAAGUGAAUGAACUGGCGGCGGCUCUGCUGAAGCAGGACUCCCAGCGUCUCAUGGACAUGAUGAAGGAUCUAUCGGAAACGGUGAGGGAUAUCAAGCUCUAUAUGGCCAGCAAUAAAGAGGCGACCAGCGGAAUGUUGAUUCGCCUGAAUGAUUGCGUAAAUCAGAUACAAAUAUUGAAGAAAUCGGCUGCCCAUUUGGAUGAGGUGAAGAUUGACAAGACGGAGGUGGAACUGCUGCUGGCCGAGAAGGUGGACUUCCAGCAACUGGCCACUAAGGUAUCCCUGGAGCAACUGGAGGAGUACAAGGCUCGCUUGGAGCAGAUGUUCUGCGAGGUGCGGCAUAUUGUGAGUUUGAAUGAGAAGAAUGUCCUGCAGAUAAUCGACAAUCUGCGCAUGACCCUGGGCAUCGAUGCCUUGGAGCUGAGCCUCAAGGACUUCCGGGAGAUGAUCGAGAGGCGGGUGCAGAUGAUAGCCGAGGCACUACAAAAGUACAUGGAAAUGACCAACGAUGAUUGUGCCGCGGCCGCUGGAAGGGUCAAGGUCAUGCAGGAUCUGGCCUGCCUGGCCUGCGAUACCACCUGUGUGAUGCGAACAGUGGAGCGAUCCAAGGUUCCCUCGCUGCCGAAUGCCAAGGGUUCCACCGGCCUGGGACCCAUUGUCACCUACGAAUUGGGCCAGAUCCGCAAGUCGGGCAUCAUGGGCUACUAUCGCAAGGACGAGUUCCCGCACUCGACCAGCGCCUGGAACAAAGGAACCUCCGGUGUGCCCAUGGUCAAGUGCACUCCGCGGCAUGCUGGUGGAAGUCACACCACCCACACCGCCGACGAGCACAUGCAGAAGGUGGUGCUCUCAAAGAAGAACACUGGAUGGACAUAGGAUCGGAACUUAUAACUCCAUAAUUAUGUGAUCGUUAUGUUUUGGUAACUAAACAAAAUUAAAGAGAUUGCAGUGUUGAAA